CACCACCUCCAAAUCCACUUGCACUUGCACGCAUCGCAAGCUUUUCCGCUCCAUCGCUCGCCCGUUUUCAUGACAAAAUAAGCCCACCAUGAAUAUCGCACGGCCGGUCUCCUCGGAGGUCGACUCUGUCGAAUUCGCCUUUUUGACACCAAAAGAGAUCGAGGGAAUGUCUGUGAAAUUGAUCGAGAAUGACAGCACUUUCGACAGUCUUCUCAACCCAGUUCCUGGAGGUCUCUACGACCCUGCCCUUGGCUCUUGGGGCGAUGCACCAUGCACCACUUGCCAUUUGAAUCAGUCGACUUGCCCUGGCCAUGCCGGCCACAUCAAACUUCCCGUCCCGGUCUACCAUCCCACCUUCAUGGACCAGGCGUACCGUCUUCUUCGAGCCGCAUGCCUUUACUGCAAAGGAUUCCGACUAUCCGCCAAAGAUCUCCAUCUGUAUACUGCUAAGCUACGCUUGCUUCAGCACGGCCUUCUGCACCAGGCUCACAUUGUUGGUGCUAUUGGCGAGGCCGAUUGGGCAGGAGAUAUGCAGGCUGUUUUUGGCGACUACGAAAGUGAAGCCGAGGACGAGGACAACUCAUCAGACGGCAUUAUUCGUAAACGAGAGAAAUAUGUUCGAUACUGCCUGAAGAACAACAAACUUACCAAAGCCGAAGUGAAGAAGGGCAAACACGAAGGCACAUCUGCUAUGCGCCGAGAUGUCAUCAAGGAAUUUCUCACUGAAAUCACCAAAAAGAGAGAAUGCGCUUCCUGUGGAGGCAUUUCUCCCGCAUACCGCAAGGACCGCUGUGUCAAGGUCUUCGAAAAGGCACUCUCGGAUAAAGAGAAGGCCAAGAUGGCCCAGAAGAACUUAAAGCGCCAGGAUGCCAUGUCUCGAGUCUCAAAGGCCAACGGCGUUUCGAAACAACGCGCCCAACAGAUUGAAACGGAAGGUGACUCCGACUCAGCUGAGGCUGACGAAAUGGACGUUGAUGAAGAUUCGUCCACGGAAGACUCUAUCGCCAAGGCUCUUGAGCCUGUCGCUGCACAGCGUUACAUUAGCGCUAUGGAGGUCAAGGCGCGACUCUCGGAGUUGUUCUACAAGGAGCAAGAGCUUCUUGCCCUUUUAUACGACGCCAAACCGGCCACAAAGAAAUCGACCAAGGUGACUCCCGAUAUGUUCUUCAUCACCACCCUCCUAGUGCCCCCCAACAAGUUUCGCCCAGAGGCACGCACUGGUGACUCGCAAAUAUCAGAAGCGGAACAGAACUCUCUGUAUAAGAAUAUCUUGCGCAGCUGCUCCAAGAUUGCCAUUGUCUACAAGGCCAUUCAGGAACAUCGGGGAGACAUUAACCAGUUGCACCUUGCAUGGACUGAGGUACAGGAAGCCGUCAACUCUCUUAUCGAUCGAAACUUGAACCCUGUUCAAGGUGCUGCCGCCAAGAGGAACGAAGAAGGCAUCAAACAAAAGCUUGAAAAGAAGGAAGGUCUUUUCAGAAAGAACAUGAUGGGCAAGCGUGUCAACUUUGCUGCCCGUAGUGUCAUUUCACCGGACCCCUACAUCGAAACUAACGAAAUCGGUGUUCCCCCAGUCUUCGCCAUGAAGCUCACAUAUCCAGAGCCCGUAACCAGUCACAACUUCCGAGACAUGCAACAAGCCGUUAUCAAUGGUGUUGAUAAAUGGCCUGGUGCUGCCGCCGUUGAGGACGAAAACGGCCAAGUGGUGAACCUGAGAAACAAGACAGUCGACGACCGCAUAUCAAUCGCCAAUCAGCUCCUUGCUCCCACCAACGCGAACGCUCCCAAAACAGCCAACAAAAAGGUCCACCGUCAUUUGACCAAUGGUGAUGUGGUGUUGAUGAAUCGUCAACCUACGCUCCAUAAGCCUUCCAUCAUGGGUCACCGCGUGCGCGUUCUACCUGGCGAGAAGACACUGAGAAUGCACUAUGCUAACUGUAACACCUACAACGCCGAUUUCGAUGGUGAUGAGAUGAACAUGCACUUCCCACAAAACGAGAUUGCGCGUGCUGAAGCGCUCAAUAUCGCCAAUACCGAUAACCAGUACCUUUCUGGAACACAAGGAAAACCACUCAGAGGUCUCAUUCAAGACCAUUUGUCGGUUUCAGUUGCUCUUUGCAACCGUGACACCCUCUUCAACAGAGGCGACUAUCACCAGCUGGUUUAUGCGGCCUUAAGACCUGAGAGCGGCCACAUUCUUGGCGAGAGAAUUGAACUUAUCCCUCCUGCAUUCAUUAAGCCCGUUGCUAGAUGGACUGGUAAGCAGGUCAUUACUACCAUUCUGAAGAAUAUUCAGCCUGUAAACUGUGGCGGUCUCAGUAUGGAAGGCAAAACCCAAUUGAAGGCCCAACAAUGGGGCAAGAACUCAGAGGAAGGUCAAGUCCUAUUCCAAGAUGGCGAAUUCAUCACUGGCAUCCUCGAUAAAGCGCACAUUGGUCAAAGUUCCGGAGGCAUGGUCCACGCCGUUCACGAAAUCUAUGGCGCAUCUGUUGCGGGAAAGCUGCUCAGUUGUCUUGGACGUCUGUUGACUAGAUAUCUGAACAUGCGUGCAUUUUCCUGCGGUAUGGAUGACUUGAGACUCACAAAGCAAGGCGAAGCUGCCCGACUGGAUGCGCUGAAAGAGGUCAAUCGUGCUGGUUUGAAGAUUGCAUCAAACUAUGUAUCCCUGGAAGGCAACUCUGACCCUAGCAACAAACUGCUUCUGGAACGCUUGGAAGAAGUUCUCCGAGAAGAUAAGAAACAAGAAGGUCUUGAUUUGCUCAUGAACUCCAACACUAAGGAUAUUACCGCGGCUGUGCAAGAGGCCUGUAUCCCCGACGGAUUAGAAAAGCCAUUUCCCCGCAACCAAAUGCAAGCAAUGACAACAUCCGGUGCCAAGGGAUCAAGAGUCAACGCCUCGCUUAUUUCUUGCAAUCUUGGACAGCAGGUCUUGGAAUCAAGACGUGUUCCCCUCAUGGUCAGUGGUAAAUCUCUACCAUGCUACAAGCCAUUCGAGACAAACAUCAAGGCAAACGGUUACAUCUCAAGCCGUUUCCUUACUGGUAUUCGUCCUCAGGAGUACUAUUUCCAUCAUAUGGGUGGCAGAGAAGGUCUUAUCGAUACUGCUGUUAAAACAUCUCGUUCCGGUUACCUCCAACGUUGUAUCAUCAAGGGCCUAGAAGGACUUCAAGUUGCCUAUGAUACAACUGUUCGCGACGCUGACGGGUCAAUUAUUCAGUUCCUCUAUGGCGAAGACGGUCUGGAUAUCUCGAAGCAAAAGUAUCUCAAUGACUUCCGCUUCGUUUUGCAAAACGUCCAGUCCGAAGUUUCUCAACUCCAAUUCGGUGAAGAUUCCGUCGACCGCUUGAUGACCAAUAAGGAUGCCUUUACCAAAUAUAUGAAGAGCGCUGUGAAGCAUGCCAAGGCUGGCGACAAGAAUGGCAAGGCUCCUCUGACAAGCGAAUACAACCCAACCACAAACGCAUUUGUGACUUCGGAAAGUUUCUUCGAGAACAUGUCCGAGUACAUCAAGAACAAUGCCGAUGGUUUAAUCAAGAGCAAAGGCGAUAAGAACGAGGCAGGUUCGAACGUCUUGACCAAAAAGAAUGCCGAGACGCUUUUCGCUAUGAAAUAUCUUAGGUCGUUGGUCGAGCCUGGUGAGGCUGUGGGCAUUGUUGCUGGUCAGUCCAUUGGUGAGCCAUCUACACAGAUGACGUUGAACACUUUCCAUUUGGCUGGUCACUCGGCCCGUAACGUUACUGCUGGUAUUCCCCGACUGAGAGAAAUUCUCAUGACUGCUACUCGCGAUGUUGCUACGCCGUCCAUGUCUCUGUACCCUCUCAAGACUAUCUCCGAAGACCGGGCUCUGCAAUUUGCCAAGUCUCUCAGUGCCCUCCCGCUGUCUUAUCUGCUUGAUAGUGUCACUGUCGAAGAGAAGGUUGGUAAGGGCAAGAUGUACAAUCCUGCCAAGACUUUCCUCAUCAAGCUCAAGUUCUUCCCGUCCAGAGAAUACUCCGAGAUGUACGCUGCCAGUGUCGCAAACGUCAUGGAUGCUGUUGAAAAGAAGCUUGUGGCCCGCAUCUUGUCUUUGACCAAGUCGGAGAUUAAGAAGAAGAACCAAGCUAGUCUCAACACUCCAGACAUUGCUGCUAAGACCGGUGUGGUUGAGACUGCUGCUCCUGAGGCUGACAAUGGAGGUGAUGCUGAUGACGAUGACGACGACAACGAAGGCGAUGAUGAUGCGACCAACUCCAAGCAGAAGUCCAAGCGCUCCCAAGACGUCUCUUACGGACCCAACGACGACGAGGACAACAACAUCCAGACAGCUAUGGAAAGAGAGUCGGUCGUUGGCGAUUCCGACGAUGACGAAUUACCUAAUGCACCUCAGACCAACGGUGUUGCAGACAGCGACGACGACAUGUCAGAUGACGGCCUGGACAAGCCGAGCUCCUUGCGCACUGAGCGUGCUAUGGGAGCACACGCUGAGGUGACUGGCUUUGAGUGCGACGAAAAGAAGGGUGCUUGGUGCAACAUCACCUUGGAGUACAGCACCGAUAUCCCCAAGAUUCUCAUGCUGAGCAUUGUCAAGAAUGCCGUAGCCAAGACCUUGGUCCGCGAAAUCCGCGGCGUUGGAGCCUGCACGUUUGCAGAUGGUGCUUUGCAGACUGACGGCGUCAACCUGCAGGCCAUGCAAGAAUUCGGUGAUAUCAUCGAUGUCAACCGCAUCCAGUCUAACGACAUUGCGGCCCUGCUCGAUAUUUACGGUGUUGAGGCAUGCCGAGCCAACAUCAUUAGUGAAGUGGGAGGCGUUUUCCAGUCUCACGGUAUCUCCGUGGACACGAGACAUCUUAACCUCAUUGCCGACUACAUGACUAGAGGCGGCAGCUUCACUGCCUUCAGCCGUAUGGGUCUGCGCGGCAACGUCAGCCCUUUUACAAAGAUGAGUUUCGAGACAACAGUAUCCUUCCUGAAGGAUGCUGUUCUAGACGGUGAUUGGGACGACUUGACUACUCCCAGUAGUCGUCUGGUCAUGGGCGCACUUGGCAAACUUGGUACGGGCAGCUUCAACGUCUUGGCCCAGCUGCCUACCCAGCAUGUCGCUGCAUGGCAGUAAACGGCCAUUGUGGCAGUGAUGGAGAUGGCUUGGAGCAGGAGUUUUGUUUAAUCUUCGUUUGGCAUUCUGUUUUUUAUUUUCUUUUCCAUGAGUGGAACCAAAAGCGAGUGGUUGUAUACUACAUAGAGUACAUAGUAUCGGAAAUUUAUGACAUCAUUUAACAACCAGCCCUUUGCCCUCUUGCGCCUAUUGUUUUGUCUCCGCUGCACAGUCUUCAGCCAUAAGGCUACGCUUCGCCCCCAUUGUCCUAGGCUGUCUUUCACUGC